AUGCAGCUUCAAAUCAGUUUCUACCUGCUUUGGUCGUCGUUCGUAUUAGGCUGUGCCUAUGCUGCGAACGAUGUCUCCGUACUGAUCAACGAGGUCGCCAAAGCAAAUAAUCAGUCGCUGCUAUGGGGUCCGUACAAGCCGAAUUUAUAUUUUGGGGUUCGACCGCGAAUCCCCAAAAGUUUGACCGCUGGGUUGAUGUGGGCUAAAGUCGAUAGCUAUGCAACUGCGCAAUCAAACUUUAGGCAUACCUGCGAACAAAAUGAAGGCAUGCGAGGAUAUGGCUGGGACGAAUACGACGUGCGCAAGGGUGGUCGCCAAUCGAUCCACGAUGUCGGCAACUCGGUUGACCUCACGAUCGAUUUCGUCAAAGUACCAGGAGGACUUCACGGAGGCAGCUGGGCGGCUCGAGUGAAGGGAAUACCGCGAGAAGAUGCUCCUGAAGAUUUAUAUACAUCGUUGGUUUUCUACGCUUCACUGGAAGGGCUCGGCUCUUUAAAUGUGGACAAUGCCGUUGAGCAUCAAAUGGGAUUGAAGGGAGACGUGAAGCUCAAGGGAAUGACCCCAGAACUUGGCGACUUUACAAUAAGCGUUACCACUGGGCCGGAUAGCAACAAACAUCCUGAAUUUGAUCAUCCUAGUGGCGCUGAGAAGCCAUUGGAUCGUCCCUUGGUUGCUAGCGUGGAAACACCACAAGAAAACUUAUGGCAAGCCAAAUCAUUAAUGUUUACUGCAAUGAAACCCGAAGUCGAAGGCUUGAUUGCAAAAUAUGGAACCGAUGCGCCUCCACCACCGGCUCAGCUCUUCACAAUUCCUAAUCACCCUGGAUCUGGCAAUAUCCAUUUCGUGCAACAAGUCUUUGAAGGUGCCUUUGAAUUUGAUAUCAUAUUUGAAUCUGGUUCCGCUCCGGAACCCGUCAGUUCGGAGACGUUAACAAAUAAGAUUGAAGAGAUAUCCUCUUCCUUCUCAAGCAGAUAUGAAAACUUAUUUGCAUCCCAACCUCCAUUCAACAAGCCAGAGUAUUCGGAAUUCUCCAAGUCCAUGUUUUCCAACCUGGUUGGAGGUAUUGGUUACUUCUAUGGAAGCGGUCUGGUUGACCGCUCAGACGCCCCUGAAUAUGAGGAAGAGAAUGAAGGCUUCUGGGAGGAAGCUGCGGAAGCCAGAUCACGCGUACAACCUACCGAAGAGGAACCCAGGGAGCUAUUCACUGCUAUUCCGUCCAGGCCAUUCUUUCCCCGCGGCUUCUUGUGGGACGAAGGUUUCCAUCUCAUUCCUGUUAUCGAUUGGGAUCUUGACCUGACUCUUGAUAUUGUGCAGAGUUGGUUCAACCUCAUGGAUGAAGAUGGCUGGAUUGCACGUGAGCAGAUUCUCGGACUCGAGGCUCGUAGUAAGGUGCCCCCUGAGUUCACCAUUCAGUAUCCCCACUACGCGAACCCGCCCACUUUGUUCAUGGUUCUCGAGGCAUUCGUCGACAAGUUGCAAGCCAAUCAAAGCAUCCUUGAGAACUUUGAGCUCAAUGCUGCCGAUGUUGCAGACAGCCUUCGAUCUGCUCAUCUCGAGAGCAAGGAAUUGGCUUACUCAUACUUGCACUCCAUCUACCCACUCCUCCGCAGACAAUAUUUCUGGUUCAAGAAGACUCAAUGGGGAGAUGUUAAGUCCUAUGAUCGUGAAGCUUACUCAAGCAAGGAAGCAUAUCGCUGGCGCGGACGCACAGUGCGACAUAUUCUGACAUCUGGUCUUGAUGACUAUCCUCGACCUCAGCCCCCUCAUCCCGGAGAGUUACAUACCGAUCUGAUUAGCUGGAUGGGUCUGAUGAGCCGCUCACUUCGCAAGAUUGCGAGCGCCAUUGGCGAGACUGAGGACGCAGAGGAGUUUGCAGUUUACGAGUACGCUAUCACACGUAACAUCGAGGAUCUUCACUGGGAUGAAGGUGCUCAGACCUGGUGCGACGCAACCAUUGACGAGUACGAGGAAAGCGUGCACGUUUGCCACAAGGGCUAUAUUUCCAUCUUCCCCUUCUUGACGGGAAUGGUUGGUCCUGAUAGCCCGCAUCUCAAGGCUACACUUGACCUGAUUCGCAACUCUGACGAACUGUGGAGUGAUUAUGGUAUUCGUAGUCUCAGCAAGAGCGAUGAGUUCUAUGGCACUGACGAGAACUACUGGCGCAGUCCAGUAUGGAUAAAUAUGAACUUUAUGAUUGUGAAGAAUAUAUACGAAAUUGCAACCUCCCAAGGCCCGCAUAAAGCACAAGCAACUCAGAUCUACAACGAACUACGCAAAAAUCUGGUUGAAAACGUCUUCCAAGAAUGGAAAAACACGGGCUUCGCCUGGGAGCAAUACAAUCCCGAGACGGGCAAGGGUCAACGUACCCAGCAUUUCACUGGAUGGACGAGUUUGGUUGUGAAGCUUAUGAAUAUGCCUUAUCUCACGUCUUCUGGAAAAGGACAUGAUGAGCUGUGAUGAUUUUCGUUGCCGUACGUGUAUGUGUUAAUAGCAUCUGUGGGACCUUUGGGUCCGAAGGAAAAGAAAAUUCGGUCUGAUUUUCUUUCUUUUGUGUAUGUCACUGUAACCUAGACAUUGCUACUUCGAAGAUUUCUUUGUACUUUGUGCAUGUGUGUCUAGGUAUGGAUAGGCGCUUAUUAAAGAGUAUUUAUGACACGA